AUGGACAUCACCGAGGACACAAUCCCCGAACUCCAGCCUAUCUAUUCUUUCCUCAACAGCCACUCCAACAAGCUGUACCAAGAGGGCUAUUUCCUCAAGCUUGAUGACCAGAACACACAGGGUAAACCCAACCCUGAUAGAACCUGGUCUGAAUGUUUCGCCCAACUUGUCGGUACCGUCUUGUCGCUAUGGGAUGCCUCAGAGCUUGAUGCUGCCGGCGAAGAUGGCGAGGUUCUGCCCAAGUUUGUCAACUUGACUGAUGCAUCGAUAAAGAUGAUCGAAUCCUUGCCUACAAGGUCUGCCGACGAACAGCCCCUGCAGAAUAUCUUGAGUAUCUCCACAGCUGGAAGAAACCGAUAUCUGCUUCACUUCAAUUCUCGCCACUCCCUGUUGCAAUGGACCGCCGGUAUCCGACUGGCCAUCUUUGAGCACUCCUCGUUGCAGGAGGCCUACACCGGUGCUCUCAUUGCUGGUAAGGGUAAGUCGCUCAACAAUAUUGGUGUCAUCAUGGAGCGGGCAAAGUUCCCCACCGAAGAAUGGGUUAGAGUCCGAUUCGGUGCUGGUGUACCUUGGAGACGAUGCUGGUGUGUUAUCACCCCUCCCGACGAGAAGCAGUAUGCAAAGCUUCAAAAGGAACUUAAGAAGAGGUCUCCAUAUGAUCGAUCACCGGUUCCCACACUCAAGGGAAACAUCAAGUUCUACGACGAGAGGAAGGAUGGCAAGAAGCAGAAGAAAGCGCAACCAAUUGCCACUAUCACUGACGCUUAUUCGGCUUAUGCAAUCUAUCCCCAGGCAAAGUCUUUGAUUGAAGCGUCAACUCUGCUGAAGGUUGAGGGCAGCAUUUCUAUUCACACUGAUCCUCCUUCCUCCACUGAAGGUUUCGUUUUCAUCAUGCCAGAGACCCGGCCUGCUGUCACCGGAUUCGAGAUGUUGCUGCGUUUUCUCUUCCCCACAUGGGAUACCUUUGGUCUUUAUGGUCGUCCCGGGAGACUGGUCGCCAGUACACUGGAUUCCAGAUCCCUCAUGUUUGCCAUGCCAAAGAGUCGGCGUUAUGGCUACCUCGAGAAUCUCGACGUUUCCAACUUGAUUCUUGAGGAUGGCAGCUCGAACUGGGGUGAGCGAGAUUGGAGAAAGAAGCUAAAGGAAUCUACUGGCACUCGUAUGAACGCCGUGGAUGAUGCACCUGCAACGCGCUCUCGAAGCAACAGCCGAAAGAGCGUUAGGUUGAGCUUUGGGGAUGGCCCUCCCACUCUCAAAACCAACUCGGACCAGCAAGUUCCCACCAGGUCUUCACGAUCUUUCUCCUUAGGUGAGCGCGCUCGAACAGACUCCGCUCCUGCGGAUCCUGCUCGGGUAGCUCUUGGAAGCCAUGGCCGUAACUCAUCUGACCCCAACCAACUUGGUGGUCCUCCCUUCCGCCCCGAUGCCAAUGGCAACAGCCCUUACUCCGCCUCGCCACAGCGUGGCCAGACUCCUGUUGGGAACCAGGCUUCGCGAGACCAGAGUCCUGCUUACCAGAACGAACGUGGGCCUAAUGGUUCGCCACCUCUGAAAGACCUGGAUGGAAUGCGCCAGAUGCACACUCCCGAGCCUGUUUCGCGCCCUCCUGCUUUCAGCCAUGGCUCUCAAGGCAGACCCGUCAGCAGAGCUUAUCACUCACCUGAGCUCAGACGAGCUAACAGUAGGCUUUCCGUUACUACUCUAGCCCAGCUUUCCUCAGCUGGAGGAAUGGGCGGACCGAAUGAUUCGAGACCUUCUCCAGGGGAAGAUGAGGUGGACGCUGCAAGAUCUGGACCAUCGGUACUGCCACCACACGCCAACUCCGUAGGGAUAUCUGCUAACGACAACCGCUCGCGUGAAGUUUUAAGCCCGACAAAUCAGGAUCCCUCUUCCAACAAUCUCCCUCCCCCAGCCAACUUAUCUCAACAGCGCUCUCGAUCACCACUGGGCCAGCCCCCUCUCGGGCCACCUAGUCCUUAUGGCCGCGGGCCAAACUCGCGCCCUGGAACUUCGGUAGGUCGACGAUCCCCGAUGCCUCCAGGUAUGCCCCCUCAACAACGUCCUCUUCACCCGCAAAAUGGCAAUCGUCGCCCUGAUAUGGGGCCAGAUGGGCGACGCCCUUCGGAUACUCGACGACCGGGACCUGACGGAAGAAGACCCUCUGACCCUCGAGGCCCUGGUUUCGACGGCCAUCGGCCUUCUGAACCGCGAGGUCGUGGAAAUGGGCCACCUCCCGGGCAUGGACAUCCACCUCCUGGUCCUUACGGCAACUACCGUCCCGGUCCAGGUCAUCCUCCUGGACCCCCUGGGCCUCCUGGCUCAUACGGACCACCAGGAUCCCGCCCUAAUGGGCCUCCGAACGGGCCUCCAAACGGGCCUCCCAAUGGUGCCCAGGGACAAAUGGCUCAUCGGAAGCCUGUACCAGGACACAUGCCUGGUCCCCCGCCACCUGGGCCCGCACAAUUUGAGAAUACCAAGGGUAACACUAUGUCCGGCAGCAGCGCCAUCACCACAAACGAGAUCAUCGAUCACUAUGCGUACGAUCAAGGCCGACAGACACCUCGCCAAGGAACCCCAAACUCUGAAAGGCGGCCACAACUACCUGGCAGACUGGAGAGUAAUCAAAGCAGUCAAUACGAUGACCACUCUCCUGCAACCAGCCUCAGGAACUUUGUAGAUUCAUACGAGUACCAAGAACCUAAGCCACGUGCUGGUGUGCUGAAGACUGUCGGCGGCGCCGAAGAAACAGACAAAGAGUUUGAUAUCCCAGAUAUCAACUUCGGUCCAACCAUCAACUAUGGUGCUACUAAGAAUAGGCCCCAUACGCCUGGAGGUCAUGGACCAACCCCCCCUCACAAGUCUUCAGCCUCUCAGGGAUCCGUCGGCCAAAAAGAGUCUCCGGAUUCGAAGCGAACGAUGGCCUGGUCACCAGGUGGAACAGCUCCUCCAGCCAGCACUCAUGGACUGAGUGCCGAAGAGUUUGUGCAGCACAGGGCGGCCCAUGCCCGAACCGCAUCUAGCAACAGCAUCGGUGGCAACCUCCCGGGCACUCCUGGGCCUGGGAUAAAGCGAAACAGCUCCUCCGACAUUCUACAGGCUAUUCAAAACGGCCGUCACUCUCGAAAUACAUCGGCUGAUUUGCUUCAGCGACCUGGAUCGCGAGGCGCAAACUCGACGUUGAACUUUGCAAGCUCUGGGGAAACUUCAAGCCAUCUGAGUGCACGAGAGCAAGAACAAAUGGCCCGUUUAACUGGCCAGCCUCUGCUUAGUAUGCAAGGACAUCAAAGACAAGGAUCGCAGGGGUUCUCGCCUGGUCACCAGAGGCAGGCUUCCUCAGGUUCAGGCUUGGUUGGUGCUAUUGAGGCCCGGGAACGGGAGAAGCAGCAGAUGAAGCAAGGGAUGAACAGCCAAGCGGUCCAACAAGCGAUUAGCCAACGGCAACAACAGCAGGCUGCUAUGGCGUAUCAGCAGCAGAUGGCACAACAACAAAUGGCUCAACAGCAAAUGAUCCAACAACAACUCGCUCAGCAACAGCAAAUGGCAUAUCAACAGCAAGCCCAGCAGCAGCAGCAAAACUAUCAACAAGCAUACCAGCAGCCAAUGAUGGGUGCCGGCAACAUGCCUGCAUACAGCCCCAUGGGCCAAGCUCCUGGCCAGUACACGCCGGGUGGCUCCCAAUACGGACCAGCAUCUCAACAGAUGGGAGGGCACGGACAGCCGAAUAGUUUCUCACGACCGAUGCGAGCUGCUCAACAGGUCGAUCCUCGCUUCGUGCCACCUCAAGGUCAAUACGGCUCAACACCGCCUGGAACACAACAGGCGUCUCGCAGUGUCCAUCCACAGUUCCAAGGACAAGCGUUCUAGUCGGGAUUUAGGAAGAAGCUCCAGUCAAGUCAGCAUGGAACUAUUUAUGGGUAUCGCAUGAUCACGGCGACUCGGAGUACAGACGAAACGGACGCAUACAUCAUACGGCGUUUUGGGCAUGUAGGAACAUGAUUUGACGGUCAUGGGUUGAAAUCAAUUUGCAUACCAUACUCUUGGGUAUACAGAGAAGAGUUGCAUUAUCUUGGGUGUUUUCGCAUCAUAUUCAUUUAUCAUAGAGUCAUUAUCAAGCUAGUUAGCAUACAAUAUUCUGUUUCCUUACAAUACUUAUUUGACUGAACUACAAACA